CUCAAUAUGGGUAUCAAGCAUCUAUUCCAGCUCAUCGAAGAGCACGCCCCGGAUGCCAUCAAAACAGGCGAGAUCAAGAACCAAUUCGGUCGCAAGGUGGCUAUUGAUGCAUCUAUGAGUAUCUACAGCUUUCUUAUCGCCGUACGCUCGGAUGGCCAACAGCUCAUGAACGAGUCUGGCGAAACCACCUCCCACUUGAUGGGCCUCUUCUACCGCACGCUCCGCAUGGUUGACAAUGGCAUAAAACCACUAUAUGUCUUCGAUGGUGCCCCACCCAAGCUCAAGUCGGGCGAGCUGGCCAAGCGCUUUCAACGUAAGAGCGAGGCACACGCUGCAGCUGAAGAGGCAAAGGAAACUGGUACUGCCGAGGACGUGGAGAAGUUCUCUAGGCGGACGGUCAGGGUCACGAGGGAACACAAUGAGGAGUGCAGGAGGCUUUUGAAGCUCAUGGGCAUUCCGUUCAUAGUGGCACCGACAGAAGCAGAAGCUCAAUGUGCGGUGCUGGCAAGGGCUGGAAAAGUGUAUGCUGCUGCCAGCGAGGAUAUGGACACACUCACAUUCGACACACCAAUCUUGUUGAGACAUUUGACCUUCAGCGAACAGCGAAAGGAGCCCAUUCAGGAGGUUCAUCUGGACAAGGUGCUCGAGGGUUUGGCCAUGGAACGUGAACAGUUCAUUGAUCUGUGCAUUCUUCUCGGUUGCGAUUACGUCGACCCUAUCAAAGGCGUUGGCCCAUCCACCGCCUUGAAGCUCAUCCGUGAAUACGGUACACUCGAAAAAGUUGUGGAGCACAUGAAGACUUCUUCCAAGUACACCAUUCCCGACGACUGGCCUUUCGCAGAUGCCCGCCUCCUGUUUCUUGAGCCUGAUGUUCGCGCAGCCGACCACCCUGAUUGCAACUUCAAAUGGGAGGCACCAGACGAGGAAGCCCUCGUCAAGUUCCUGGUCGAAGAGAAGCACUUCAGCGAGGACCGUGUUCGCAGCGGUGCUGCCAAGCUGAAGAAGAACAUGAAGACGGCACAACAAUCGAGGCUGGAAGGGUUCUUCAAGCCAAUCGAGAAGACACCAGAAGAGAAGGCAAACCUCAAACGCAAAGCGGAGGAAAAGGCGCAAGAGAAGAAGAAGAAACAGAAACAGGAUGCCAAAGACAAAAAGGCGGCCAAGGGAAAAGCGAGAGGUGGUGCCUGAACAAAUGAAUUUACGGACACAACGAUUUUUAGUCACCCGACACAACAUCCGUCCUCAUUGCCAGAGGUGGAAAGACGCUUUUACAGCGCCUUCAUUGCAGUCUCGCCGGCGUUUUAUCAAAGUUAUGAUUAUACCCAAGCAAGCCAUGGCUCUUGUAGGCGUUAUGGGAUUAUAGUAUUGCUGUGUUGGUGCAGCAUGACUUGGUGUUCCCGCCACUUGUGCCCAUGCGGUGAGUCUUCAUCAUGGCGCGUACAUGUUCUAUCUACAAAGGUAUCCGGUAUCGAGACCAGCCAGUGUUCAUGGUCUAGCAUGCCCCUGCUACAACACUUAUGUGCUCUUAUGCUAU